UGUCCGCCCGUUCUUGGCGUUCCAAAGGAAGUGCCGCAUAAAACCGACCUCGGAGCGCCCCGAGGCAGUUCACUUCUCCUGGGCCCAAAGCGGCCCCUGUUCACGCACCUCCGCAGCAGGCUUUCUGAAACCAAAAUAAAAUAGUUACGUGUCCAGGUACCAAACACAAGGUGACCACCAUGGCAGAGGUCGGCAAACCGCGGCAGGCGCCCUUGCACCAUGACCGCAGUUGCGCAGAAGAUGAAAUGAGUGGCACCUGAUUUUGUAUGAAGUGGGGACAGCCGUGAGAGCAGACACCAUCCCGCUCUCACCCGACAACGGCUUGGACAUAACGGCACACGCACGCUCCCGUGGCUGGAGUGGGUGAACUCUGUGAGGGCUUUAUGCGAGAGUCUCUGCUGUCAAGCCUGUUCCCCUGUUUCCCAAGACUGACGCACACACAUGAGAGACGGCAGAGAGAUGAAGGCUGUGUUUCUGCUCUCCUCCUCUCUCCUCAUCAUUCAAGUGACUUACAGCACCGCUCAUUACACUCACCAUGGGAGGAGGGUGUGUGGAGGUGAUGUCAGCAGAGGUGUGUCGUACAGCACAGAGUCCUUCGUGCAGCCAGUUUACAAACCGUACCUCACCACGUGCCAAGGACAUCAGCUCUGCAGCUCCUACAAAACUAUGUACAGGUUGUCCUACAGGCAGGUGAGCAGGAUACAGCCCUCUCUCUACUAUCCAGAGUGCUGUCCGGGGUGGCAGAGACACCACUCACACAACUGCAACCAGGCGGUGUGUGUCCAGUCUUGUUUGAAUGGAGGAACGUGUCAUAGGCCCAACCAGUGCUCCUGCCCACGGGGAUGGAAAGGAAGACAUUGCCAAGCAGAUAUAGACGAAUGUGCCGAGGGCCACGGGUGUUCUCAGAAGUGCGUUAACACAGCAGGCAGCUACAGGUGUGCGUGUGAGGAGGGAUACACGCUCAACUCAGACGGCCGCACCUGUGACCGUUUACGCCCACCACCUACCUCACCCCCUCCCCCACCCCCACCCAGAACACCACCACACAGAGGGAACGACGAGCCCAGGGACCACCCCACCCACACAGGUGUGGAUUUGGGGAUGGUGGAGAACGUGACAGAAGAGGUGCAGAUCCUGAGGAGCAGAGUACAGCUACUGGAGCAGAAGCUGGAGAUGGUCCUGGCGCCCUUCACUACUCUGUUCCCAUUGGGCGGUGAGGAGGCGGGCAUGGCUGGUGGCCUGGGCGCGGUGGGCAGCACCAGCUUCCUGUCUCACUCUCUGCAGCAGCUGGACCGCAUAGAGUCACUCAGCGAACAGGUCGGCUUCCUGGAGGAGAGACUUGGAGCCUGCUCCUGCCAGGAAACUUAAGAAGAGAAGACAACGGAGCAGAGCAGAGUGGAGCGAAGUUGGUCAAUCCUGGGAAACUCAGCCAGUGAGAGUCAGCAGACAUCCUGAGGGCCUGGUCGGACAUCACAUUUCUCAACCGAAGCUCUCAGUGGCUUCCAACUGGUCCCCUCAACCCUGGUCACAUGACCUGUGCACUGUGCUGCAUCUACGCACUGUCCUGCACAGUGUGUGUUAGGGAAUCAUGACAUGAUAUCCCAGUCUCUAAGAUGGCAUUCACACAUACAUUUAGCCACAAAAUAUUACGUUAGUUGGAUGCAGAAAGACCAUGCACCAUAAACAUCACAGAGUCAAUGUCAAAUAUCUUGUUGCUCAGCCCCCCUCCCAACAACUGUCAUCAUCAUGUGCAUUGGAUCGCUCGGUCGCCGUAGCCUGUGGGAGAUUUUAAUCAGGUUUUCGUGGGCAAUCGGGGAGCUGUUUCCAAUAUGCAUGAGACUCCUAGAAACCUCUGGAAGGCUUUGGGGGAUGUCAGCGCUCCCUUGCACACAUAUGGACCGUAAAUGUCAGCUGCAUCCAACAGAUCAUCUUUAUGCUCCCUUUAUGUCUUCCCACAACCCUCCUCAAUGUCCAUCACCCGCACCACAUGUUCCGCACAUACCAUUCAAUUCGCCUCAGCAGACAUGUAAAUACUGUAGUACAUUUAUGUACAUGUAUGUACAUUUGACACUGAUGUCACCUCAUUCCUUUUUCGUUAUCUCGUGCAUAGUCAAAUUCUUGUAACAUGGUUUGUUCUUUUGAUUCCUGUUUGCAUUUAUUUGUCUGUUGUUUCCGUGCUGCCGAGAUGGCAAGAGUGUGUAUUUAAGUUUUUUUUUUUUAAUUUCUGUUUUUAUUUUUAAUGUUUUUAAAUUAUAGCUUUCCCCCGUACCCAGCUUCCCUUAGAAUAGAUUCAACGAAGCUGCUACUACAGACUAGUGUUCGA